ACUCGUAUCAAAUGUGAGCUGGUCUGACUCUCAGUGAGCACUGAGGAUGCCCGAUUGCAUCUAUGAGCGCGUUUAUCACAUGCAUCGGACCAGUCGGUGAGUCCGAGCGCGCUGUUCAGCUCCCAGCAUCAUAAGUUCAGCUGGGGAAGCAUCUCCCCAUCUCCAGCUUCCCCCCUCCUCCUUGCCAGCAUCUCUGACGCUUCUCCGACUAUCCCAUCUCUCCCUUUUCAUCGUGAACUACGUAAAUCACCAUGUCUGACAUCAAGGAACUGGGUUUCAAGUCGUCCGAGACACUCGCAGCGCUCGCGACCGUCUUCAACGGCUACAAUGACGAGGAGAAGAAGGCACAGAUCAAGAAGACGAACGGCAUCUUCGAGCUGCGCGUGAAGAACGCGGAGGGCAAGGAGGGCGUCUGGACCAUCGACAUGAAGUCGACAGGAUCGGUGUACAAGGGCGCGGCGAAGACGAAGCCGAACGUGACCCUCAUCAUGUCCGACGAGACGUUCCAGCAACUAGCUGACGGCAAGCUCGACGGACAGAAGGCUUUCAUGACAGGCAAGCUCAAGACGAAGGGCAACAUGAUGUUCGCCACGAAAUUGGACGGAGUGCUGAAGGCGGCCAAGACAAAGGCCAAGUUGUAGACGCCUCUCCUGUCCUAUCUAUCCGUUGUAUAUCCAUGUUGUUUUUUAUCCGGAAGGAACACU